AAACAAGAACAGAAUCCGUACACAAAACCAACAAAAAGCCUGUUUUUGAUCUCUCAUUUAGGGUUGUUUUGCUCUCUCUUCCUAUCUUUCAAUGGCGAUUUCAAAGAGUGUCAACCACAAGAAACACCAUCAUCAAUGUUACAUAUCGGUGCCUUCUGAGAUCAUAAACUCUCUCUCAUCUAACUCACUUCAAUCUCUCCUUCUUUCACCCAAGAAAGCAGCAGCUGCUUCAAAGACUGGUGCCUUUGCAAGGUCAAAGGUCCUGAUCAAGAACCCUACGACAUGGUUUUUGUUCCUUUUCUUGUGUGGGUUCUUGCUUAUGUUGAAGAUGUGGUAUAAUUUUGACCCUUUUUCACCAAACCCGUGUGGGAUUAUCCCCCAAAAGGACACUUCAAGCUUAAUCUCAAAUGGGGUUUCUAAUUCUCAGCUAAAAACUGAAGAAAGAGAUGAAGAAAUCAAUGGGUUUUGGAAGCAGCCUGAUGGGUUUGGGUAUAGGCCUUGUUUGGAUUUCAGUCGAGAGUAUAUGAAAUCAAGUGUUGAGAUUUUAAAAGACAGAACAAAGUAUUUGGUGGUGGUGGUUUCUGGUGGCAUAAAUCAACAGAGAAACCAGAUUGUUGAUGCUGUUGUGAUUGCUAGAAUCCUUGGUGCUGCUCUUGUUGUACCAAUCUUACAAGUUAAUGUUAUUUGGGGAGAUGAAAGUGAGUUUUCUGAUAUAUUUGAUGUGGAUCACUUCAAGGAAGCUCUAGCAGAUGAUGUUAGAAUCAUUUCAUCGUUGCCAUCUAACCAUUUGAUGUCGAGGCCAGUCGAAGAGAAACACACUCCACUUCAUGUUUCUCCUCAAUGGAUUCGAGCCCGUUACCUCAAAAGGAUGAAACGAGAAGGCGUUUUGUUGUUGCGUGGUUUAGACUCGAGGCUUUCCAAGGAUCUUCCUUCUGAUCUCCAAAAGCUUCGAUGCAAGGUUGCAUUUCACGCAUUGCGGUUUGCACCACCGAUUCGUGAACUCGGAAACAAGCUCACCGAGAGAAUGAGAAGCAAAGGGCCUUAUCUUGCGCUUCAUCUUCGAAUGGAGAAAGAUGUAUGGGUGAGAACUGGUUGUCUUCCGGGCUUAACCCGGGAGUACGAUGAAAUAAUCCACAACGAACGAAAGUAUCGUCCCGAGCUCUUAACUUCGAGAUCAAAUAUGACGUACCAUGACCGAAAACUUGCGGGUCUUUGCCCGUUAAACGCCGUGGAGGUUGCUCGGCUCUUAAAAGCUCUCGGAGUGCCAAGAAACGGGAGGAUCUUUUGGGCAGGCGGAAAUCCGUUAGGGGGUCCAGAUACGUUGUUACCAUUAGUGACGGAAUUUCCUCAUUUCUACAACAAAGAAGACCUUGGGUUAGCCGAAGAGCUAGAGCCGUUUGCAAAGAAAGCAUCGAUCAUGGCUGCCAUCGACUACAUUGUAUCCGAAAACAGCGAUGUGUUCAUGGCGUCCCAUGGUGGGAACAUGGGUCACGCGAUCCAAGGGCAUCGCGCAUAUGCCGGACACAAAAAGACAAUUACGCCCAACAAGCGACAAAUGUUAUCGUACUUCCUUAACACUUCUCUUGAUGAAUCUGAAUUCAAUAAGAUCAUAUUGGGGUUGCACCGCGAUUCCAUGGGACAACCGGAGCUCAGAACGAGCAAAGCAGGACGGGAUGUGACAAAAUUUCCAAUCCCCGAGUGUAUGCGUAACGAUACUUCGGACCGUUUAUCGUCUUGAAUUUGAAUUGUUUGGUUAAUUAUACAUAUAUAUAGUAGAUUGGUAAGAUGUAAAUAAAUCAUACACUAAUAUAUACGGAUAUAUUCACAGAGCUUCAACAA